UGCAGCGGCGGCAAGUUCAGCUCGCAGUUCAGUUCAGUCGACCAGCGGCCGCCGUGGACAAAGCAACGUACCGUACCGCCAGCACUCGCAGCGCAGCGCACGGAUAUAUAGCUACAGCUAACUACCAGAUACUAAACUGCACACACCGCUCUACACAAAUAUCUUGAGAAUCAGCGCGCGUUCAUAUACAUCAGAUAUAGAUAUAUAGAGUAGCCGCCGAUCGACCGACCGACGGACCAGCGAACAUAUAGAAAGCGGUGCUUAUUUUUUCAUCUUAUUUUAUUGUGACAAAAACCGCGACAAGUGUUUAAAAAUAGUUGUUGUGCCCGCCAAACUGAAACCAAGCCAAGCUAAACUAUAAACAGCAACAACAUGGUCGAGACCGUUGUCAACAUCGAGCGCACAACAACAACAACAACGACGCCGAACGGACCGCCAGUUGGCGGCGAUGGCGGCUUCUGGGGCGCCAUCCGCCUGAACAUCGACUAUUUCCGCACCGUGCCGGGCAUCAUCAAAAUCGUGGAGUUUGUACUGGGCAUCAUCUGCAUGGCCCUGGCCGCUCCUCCUCUGGCCUCGGCCACCUCGUUCUUCAUGUUCGUGAUCGUCAUCUCGUUCAUCAUCAACAUUCUGCUGAUCGCCGCCUAUUUCCUGGGCAUUCGAGAGGCCCUCAAUGUGGCCGUCAACUGGAUAUUCUCGGAGCUGAUCACCACCGCUGUGCUGACGCUGCUGUACUUCAUCGGAUUCAUUGUCCAGCUGGCCAGGUGGUCGGAUGCCACGGGCAUGGGUUCCGGCUCGAAUACCGCCGCCGGUGUGUUUGGACUCUUCAAUUUCCUGGCCUACGCGGCGGGCACGUACUUCCUGUUCCUGGCCCACAGGUCCGGGGCCACCCACUAAGUGCAGCCAACUCAAGUGACUGGAUCUUAGUCUAGAGUUAUUUCUAAUCGUUUACAGAAUAAGUGCAGAUCGAGUACUUUGUAAUUUUGCCUCUUUAUUUUUCAUUUUGUUUUUGCCAACGUAUUUUUGUUUUUUGUUGUUAAUUUAUGCGAGAACAUAUGCAAAUCGACGGUGGAAAGCACAAUGCCCUUCUCCACUUGAUGUGUUUUUAAUGUUAUUUUAAAUGGCUAACUAACGUUUAAGUCUUAAAUCCACCCGCACAAGACCAUAUCUACGAAAACGAGUAGGGUGGGCAUCCCACUUAAUACAUUAAUAUUUAUCAUUUCAUGACUUACAUAUAAUGAUCUUGAAUUUGAUUUGCAAUCAAAUGAGACAAAGUAGUACAUACAAUAGUAAUAUGAUUUUUGUUUGCCUUUUACAUAUAGUUAAAUAUAACGACUAGCUUGUUGAAAGGAUAAUAGGAUCCUAGUUAAAGGUGGCCCACCCUAAUCAAUACACACAUGCACCAAAAAACAAAAAACGCGACGAAAACGAAUUAAGAGCGCUUCAAAGAUUUAAGUUCAAUAAAUUAUUUGUAUUUUCUCAACCACUGCGAAAGUGAACACAAUCUGAAA